AUGCCUGCCACUCUGGAUUGUCUGUCCAAGAAAAUGGGAGCCCAGCAGAGACGUUUCUCGCUGUCUCCCGCCGCCCGCCUCCCGCCCCAUACCCGCCCCUCGCUUAAUCCUUUGUUUUUUUCCUCCUUGGCUAACACAGAGUUUCGGAGACCAUGCCUGCAGCUCCCACGUGUCGUCCACGUGUACCUCCUUUCCCGCUCCAACCCGUCCCCUUCUGCUGUUGUUGUCUUUCUCCCCUUCCCCCUCAUCGUCCCUCCUCCCGCCCCUCUUCCCGCCCCUCCGUUGUCCUCUGGCCCAUACACUGCAGCCCGCAACAUCCAGGAUGUCCCCCAGCACCCCCUCUCCCGCCAGCCGCGGUCACGGUACAUCCAUCACAACUGGUCCUCGCCAUCUCGGUACCCCUCCCUACGGCUCCAUGACUCUCUCCACCUGUCUAUAGAGCUUGCCAGCAUGCUUCAGGAUUCCCCACCGCCCUCUCACCGCCCUCGCUGUCCUCUCAGUCUCCCCAUUGCCCUCAAGCUCUCCCCACCAUCCUCGCGCCCUCUCGAACACCCUCCAUCUCUCCUGGAAGGCCUCCCUCUGUCCCCGCUGCCCUUUCAUCCUUCCCACCGCCCUAUCAUUGUCUCCACCACCCUCUCAUUGUCCCCACCACCCUCUCACCCACUCCGACGUCCUCUCACCCACUCUGACGCCCUCUCACCCACUCCGACGCCCUCUCACCCACUCUGA